GGAACACAUUAUACCAGCUGCAGAAUGUUCCAGUCGAACCUGUUUUAAGGCUGAACUUCAACUUCCGGCAGUUCUUAGCUGUAAAGUGAAAUCUCAGUUUUUGUUCCUAAAAUGUUGAGUCUUUUUUGAUAGCUUUGUUAGAUAAACUUUAGGGUUUGGAUCGUUCAGGUGAGCAAUGAGGUACCGCUCUAACUGGACCGAAACUUGACCCGGAACACUCUGCUUGUUAAUCUACUUUUAACUGUUAGCAGAGCAGCUAACACAGGGUAUCGGUCAGCGGGGAAACUGUCUGUGGAAGAAAUCAGUCUUUUCAUGGGAUCACUGGGAUCUUUGUGGACAUUUUAAUGGGAGGCGGGUUCUUUUGGAGGACUGGACUCUGGGGGUGUGAGUUAAGAAGAACCGGGCGGCCAGGUGUCGGGCUCAUAUGGAGUCUCUGGCCGGCUACGUCUACAAGGCAGCCAGCGAGGGUCGGGUCCUGACGCUGGCUGCCUUGCUGCUGAACCACUCCGAACCCGAGACCAAGUACCUUCUGAGCUAUGUGACCCAGGUCUCCGGACAAAGGUCCACACCUCUCAUCAUCGCAGCCCGGAACGGACAUGAGAAGGUGGUCCGGUUGCUUCUGGACCACUACAAGGUUGACACGGAACAGACCGGCACGGUCCGGUUCGACGGGUAUGUGAUCGACGGGGCCACGGCUCUGUGGUGUGCAGCCGGAGCGGGACACUUCGAGGUGGUGCGCCUGCUGGUGAGUCACCACGCCAACGUCAACCACACGACCAUCACCAACUCCACCCCUCUGCGAGCCGCCUGCUUCGACGGCCGCCUGGACAUCGUGCACUACCUGGUGGAGCACAGCGCCGACAUCAGCAUCACGAACAAGUUCAACAACACCUGCCUGAUGAUCGCCGCCUAUAAGGGCCACGUGGACGUGGUCCGCUUCCUGCUGCGGCAGGGGGCCGACAUCAACGCCAAGGCCCACUGCGGCGCCACGGCCCUGCACUUCGCUGCGGAGGCGGGUCACCUGGAAAUCGUCAAAGAGCUGGUGGGCUGCCAGUCGUCCAUGGUGGUGAACGGCCACGGCAUGACCCCGCUGAAGGUGGCCGCCGAGAGCUGCAAGGCCGACGUGGUGGAGCUGCUGCUGGCACACGCCGACUGCGACUCUGCCAGUCGAAUCGAAGCCUUGGAGCUGCUGGGAGCUUCUUUCGCCAACGACCGGGAGAACUACGACAUCCAGAAGGCAUAUCACUACCUGCACACGGCCAUGACGGAGCGACACCAGGACCCCGUCACCCCUAAGGAGCUGCUGCCGCCCGUCGAGGCCUACGGCGGGCGGAGGGAGUGCCAAACCCUCCAGGAGCUGGAGGCCAUCCGAGCGGACCGAGAUGCUCUGCACAUGGAGGGGCUCAUGAUCCGGGAGCGCAUCCUUGGCUCGGACAACAUCGACGUGUCCCAUCCCAUCAUUUACCGUGGAGCGGUGCACGCCGACAACAUGGAGUUCGAUCAGUGCAUCAAGCUGUGGCUGCACGCGCUGCACCUCCGGCAGAAAGGCUACCGCAACACGCACAAAGACCUGCUGCGCUUCGCCCAGGUCUUCUCCCAGAUGGUCCACCUGAAGGAGCCCGUGUUGGCCUCAGCCGUGGAGCAGGUGUUGAGCUGCAGCGUCUUGGAGAUCCAGCGCAGCAUGACUCGAACUGACGCAGCAUCCAAGUCCGAGCUGCCUCAGGCCUUGGAGAACUACGAGUCAAACGUGUUCACCUUCCUGUACCUGGUCUGUAUCUCCACAAAGACUACGUGCUGUGAUGAGGAGCGGGCCAAAGUCAACAAGCACAUUUACGACCUGAUCCAGCUGGACCCGCGCACCCGCGAGGGCUCCACGCUGCUCCACCUGGCCAUAAGCUCCAGCACGCCGGUGGACGAUUUCCACACCAACGACGUCUGCAGCUUCCCUAACGCCCAGGUCACCAAGCUGCUGCUGGACUGCGGCGCCCAGGUGAACGCGGUGGACCACGAGGGCAACACCCCGCUCCACGUCAUCGUGCAGUACAACCGACCCAUCAGCGACUUCCUGACGCUGCACGCCAUCAUCAUCAACCUGGUCGAGGCCGGUGCUCACACAGACAUGGCCAACAAGCAGAAGAAGACGCCGCUGGACAAGAGUACCACGGGCGUGUCCGAGAUCCUGCUGAAGACCCAGAUGAAGAUGAGCCUGAAGUGCAUGGCGGCACGUGCAGUUCGGCAGCACCAGAUCACCUACCGGAACCAGAUCCCCAAAACUCUGGAGGAGUUUGUGGAGUUCCACUGAAAGCUUUUUUUUUUAUCCUGGAAAUGUUUCUCCUUUUAUUACGGGACACCUGAGGACAGUCCAGCUGUCUAUCAGACACAUGUGCAGCUUGUCUUCUGGGGGACACCAGAGGACAGGAGGAGGCGCCGCUUCUUCACGCUGCUGCUUUGUUUUUUGGCCAUUUUUCACAUCAGGUGUGCUGUGAGGAACAAAGACAGGAGGAGGUGUUCAUUAAACCCUCCACCACACUGAUUUUUAGUUUAACACCUUAACAGACUUCUACUGGUGGUUUAUUAUUAUUAUUAUUAUUAUUGAGGUAUCAUCACAGGACUGUUCAGAAAAAAAACUUGUAUGAUGUAAUCAGGGGGUUGAAUCCUCAAAAUGAUUUCAUUUGGCCAAACAAGAAAUGAUUGAUUGGUUUUGUUCCAGUGGCACCACCAAGUACUUUAGUCUUUUUAUUUUUUUAUCUUUUUAUAAAUCCCUUGUUACAGUUCUACCACAUGAUGUUUUAGAUAUUUUACAUUUAUUUGGCUUUUCAAACCUGGAAAUGGAUCACCUGUUUGAUAGUCUGAACGCUGAUGUCACCAAGUCUUUCUGUGAAAUCGGUUCAAGUUUGACAGAAACUUGAACACGUAUAAGUUUUUUCACUCCAGGUUUGGUCAGGAUUGUUUUCUGACGGAUUCCAUUUCCCAGAUUUAAACAUUUUUAUAUUUUCCAACUUGUUUUGAGGAUGAAAAAGAAAAAAUGAUUAAAUGUCCUGAACAAACAUGUUUCUGACUGUAUUGGUCUGAGGACAGGCUGGUGGUUUAGGUUUUGCUCCGUAGACCACAGGAAGUAUCAGCUCUGACUCUCCCUCUCUGUGAAUAUUUUCGAUCUUCCACGAUGGAGGCAGUACCAUGAUUUUAAAGCCAGUUUUUACAUUUUUUAUUAGCAAAAUCAUUACAUUUUUAAAAUAAAACUAAAUAAAACUGCAAUGAUAAAAACAAGACUUCAACCUUUUAAAAACAGUUUCUUUAAAAACAAACUAAGGGAUCAGACUUGGUAGAUGUACUUUGAGUGUUUCUCUGAAAUCUCAAACUUUUUAGCUUUUUCCUGGCAAAAAAGAAACUUGUGAUGCCAGACGUUGCUUGUUGAGGUGUACAAAUAAUUCAUUUAAUAAGUGCCUUGUCAACCAUCUUAUUAUAUUUCUGAUAACAGUUUAUAUCUUUGGAACAGUUAAGGGUUCACAUGUUUUAAA